AUGUCGGUGGCGGUGUGGUCGCUCAAUGCCGAGCUCGGUACAGGGUCUGUACGAAAAUCCUUCGACUGGGAAGAGAAUCCUGAGAUAAAGGCCGAGACGCUCGCGGUCGACCACGGCGAUGAUCCCAAUGCUCGUGUCAACAGCGAGCAGCUGAGGCUUGUGGUCACUGGGUGCUACUCGCUCCGCGGCCGCCGCGAGCACGACCCCGAGGACAUCGCAGACAGCAAAUCCUUGGAGGGCAACGAAGGGGACAGUCAGCAAUUGGCGGAUGCCGACUCCGGUACACCACCUGUACGAGAAUCCUUCGACUGGGAGGAGAAUCCGGAGAUCAAGGCCGAGACGGGCGCUGUCGACCACGGCGAUGAUCCCAAUGCUGGCGUCAAGGACGAGCAGCUGAGGCUAGUGGUCACUGGGUGCUACUCGCUCCGCGGCCGCCGCGAACAAGACCCCGAGGACAUUGCCGACAGCAGGACCUUGGAGGGCGACGCAGGGGACAGUCAGCAAUCGGCGGGUAGCGAACUGGCAUCGAACGGCGACCCCAGUGACUCCCGCAAGAACGAAGCACCUGCUGUCGAGGCGAAGCAGAAUGGUGCAGAACGGAGCGUACAUACUGUUGAGAAACCGUACCAAUGCGACAUCUGCAAGCAUUGUUUUCCGGUCAAAAGGACCCUUGUUGCACACAUCAGGACACACACUGGGGAGAGAUCUUAUGAGUGUGACUUCUGUAAGCAGCGUUUUGCUAUAAAAAAAACUCUUGUCGAUCACAUCAGGACACACACUGGUGAGAGACCUUACCAGUGCGACAUAUGCGAGCAGGGUUUUGCUGUCAAAUGUAACCUUGUCGCACACAUGAGGACGCACACUGGGGAGAGACCGUACAAUUGUGACUUCUGUAAGCAGCGUUUUGUUGAAAAAGGUGCCCUCAAUAAACACAUCAGGACUCACACUGGGGAGAGACCUUUCCAGUGCGACAUCUGCAAUCAUAGUUUUUCUGCAAAACGUACGCUUGAGAGGCACAUCAGGACACACACUGGGGAGAGACCUUACCAGUGCGACAUCUGCAAGCAACAAUUUAAACAAAAAUCUCACCUUGUAAGACACCUAAAAACACACUCUUUGGAAAAGGCAUAGUAAUGCAGCCGAUGGGAAAAAUGGAUUACACUUGAAUCAAAAGUUAUCGAUUUUAAUACUUAUAUACUAACCGCAGUUAAAUCACGUUGGAGAUCUUUGUUAGGCAAGUAAAAUUAUGUCUGAACCACGAUAUAGCCAAGGUAUUUCGUUCAACUGUCUUUUCUGAAAGAUAACGGCUCAUAAUAUGUGAACUCUGGUCUUUUGUACCCUUCUAGUGUAUUUCAAUAAGUCUCGAAUCAUUGUAUUUUGCGUUCUUUACUGAUGUGGCCAUUUUGUGUCGAAGAUUUAACCAAUUUUGUCAAUUUCAUUAUGAAGAAGCAUUUAGUUUACAUUUUUUUUGGUUGCAAUGUGUUGAUGUAAAUCAUUUGAAAUAUGCAAC